AUGGAUAGCUUUUAUAAGGUACUGAACGAGAAAGAGCACGCUCUUGCAGAAGAAUCAAAUUACAAUUUUGACCAUCCCAAUGCCUUCGAUUUCGAUCUGCUGUUUGAGGUUUUAACUCGGCUCCGCGAAGGAAAGAGUUGUGAGGUACCAGUGUACGAUUUCACCACUCAUUCUCGGGACAAUAAUCCAAAGGUGAUGUACGGCGCAGAUGUCUUGAUUUUCGAAGGAAUCCUCGCUUUCCAUCGUCCAGAAAUAACCGCCAUGAUGGAUAUGAAGGUUUUACUUUCAGCGGAUGUUACGGUAUUUGUGGACACGGAUGGUGACGUGCGCUUAGCUCGACGACUAAAUCGUGAUAUCAACGAGCGAGGUCGUGACACCGUUGGUGUGCUUGAUCAGUAUUUUAGAUUUGUUAAGCCGGCAUUCGAAGCGUAUAUCGCGCCAGGAAUGAAGGUUGCUGACAUUAUCGUUCCACGAGGUGGGGACAAUGAUGUGGCAAUCAAUCUCAUUGCGAAGCAAGUGAUGACCCAACUGGUGAAAAGAGGUUAUGACCAAACAGCUCAUUCGCAAUGUCGUCACGAUCUGGUGAACAUGAGUCAGCUCCCUGAUGAAUUGCCUGACAGUCUUACUAUCAUCAGAGAAACACCACAAGUUCGUGGUUUGCACACGUUUAUCCGGAACAAGUACACGAAAAGGUAA